AUGGCGACCGAGUUGACCGUCCAGUCGGAGCGUGCCUUUAUGAAGCAGCCGCACAUCUUCACCAACUCCAAAGUAAAGUCCAAGAGCAAGUCUGUCGGAAAGGGUGGACGAAGAUGGUACAAGGACGUUGGUCUGGGCUUCAGGACACCAAAGACCGCCAUUGAGGGAAACUACAUUGCCCCCGUUCUGUGCCAUCUCGGGAACACACCUAUAAGAAUUACAACGAAAGAUGUCCUUGGACUAGAGGAUUGGAAGUCGAUUCUAACCAGCUUAUUCUUUAUAGACAAGAAGUGCCCCUUCACUGGUCAGGUUUCCAUCCGUGGCCGUAUCUUGACCGGCACCGUUGUUUCCACCAAGAUGCACCGUACCCUUGUCAUCCGACGAGAAUACCUCCACUACAUCCCCAAGUACUCCCGUUACGAGAAGCGACACAAGAACCUCGCCGCUCACGUUUCCCCCGCCUUCCGUGUUGAAGAAGGUGACCAGGUCACCGUUGGCCAGUGCCGACCAUUGAGCAAGACUGUCCGAUUCAACGUUCUCCGCGUUCUACCACGCACCGGCAAGGCCGUCAAGGCAUUCCAGAAAUUCUAA